CCUUCCAAAAGUGAUAGGAAAGGGAAAGUGUUUUACAUUCGAUGCAUUACUACCAUAAGCGGGAGGGAAAGUGAGAGAAACAGUUUUGUCGGCCUGGGGAUGCUCCUCCCAUCGGGACUCCAAAGAGGGCUACUUUCUCUUUAAAUGCAAAUCACCUUCAGCCAGUUCAGCUCCCACUAGCUUGGGCUCCGCCGUGGAGAGCGCGCAGGGCGGAGGGAGCCUGCGAGGGAGCACUGCUCGGGACCCCAAGGCUCCAGGCCUGAGGCCCAGCAAGCACCCAAUGGAUGACAAAAAGAAGAAACGGAGUCCUAAGCCCUGCCUAUCCCAGCCAGCCCAGGCCCCAGGCACACUACGCAGGGUCCCUGUGCCUACCAGCCACAGUGGUUCCUUGGCCCUGGGACUCCCUCAUCUCCCAUCACCCAAGCAGAGAGCCAAGUUCAAGAGAGUAGGCAAGGAGAAAUGCCGCCCAGUGCUGGCCGGAGGUGGCGGCGGCUCUGCUGGCACCCCGCUGCAACACUCCUUCCUGACGGAGGUGACUGACGUCUAUGAGAUGGAAGGGGGAUUGCUGAACCUGCUCAAUGACUUCCACUCCGGCCGGUUGCAGGCCUUUGGGAAGGAAUGCUCCUUCGAACAGUUGGAGCAUGUGCGGGAGAUGCAGGAGAAGCUGGCUCGACUGCACUUCAGCCUGGAUGUGUGUGGGGAGGAGGAGGAUGACGAAGAGGAAGAGGAUGGGGUCACCGAAGGAUUGCCUGAAGAGCAGAAGAAGACCAUGGCUGACCGCAACCUGGACCAGCUGCUUAGCAAUCUGGAAGACCUUAGCAAUUCCAUUCAGAAGCUGCACCUGGCCGAGAACGCGGAGCCCGAGGAGCAGUCAGCCGCGUAGGGCUGGGAGCCAGACGCGGGCUGCUUCCCGUUCCUUCAAACUGUGACUUCCGACACACUCGGGAGAGGAGGGUGUCCCGCUGCCCCCCAGGUGCUAUGGAGGUGGGGGGCACUGGAUGGAAUUAAACAACAACAAAAAGAGA